GAAAAAUAACCCACUCAUAAAUAUCGCAACAUAGCCAAGAAUGGAAGACGAGGCAGAGAUAUACGACGGAAUCAGAGCUCAGUUCCCGCUCGCGUUUGGCAAACAAUCAAAACCCCAAACCUCUCUCGAAAAAGUCCACGACGCCACUCGCCGAUCGGAACAACCGCCUUCCACCACCACCACCACCAGCACAGCUGCCUCCAAGACUAAUGACCUACCGUCUCUCUCAUCCUCCCCCAGAGCUUGGCUUGACUCUCUCCGAAAACCUAAAGCUUCGGAGGCGCCAAAAGUUGGGCCCCCACCGCCUCCUGAGCCGCCGAAAGCGGAGGAAGAUGACGAUGACGUGAUGAUUGGGCCCCCACGGCCUCCUCAGCCUGUGGAAACGGAGGAUGAUGAUGGAGUUGUGAUGAUUGGGCCACCGCGGCCUCCCGUGGCAUCGGAGACGGACGAUGAAGAGGAGGAGGAAGAGGAAGGGGAGAAUCGGUAUCGGAUUCCGAUGAGUAACGAGAUUGUACUGAAGGGUCAUACUAAGGUUGUUUCAGCUCUUGCAGUUGAUCACUCUGGGUCUAGAGUUCUCUCCGGUAGUUAUGACUAUACGGUGCGAAUGUAUGACUUUCAAGGAAUGAAUUCCCGUUUACAAUCCUUUAGGCAACUUGAGCCAUUUGAAGGUCAUCAAGUGCCCCAGCUGAGGCGACUUGUUAUGCUAGCUUGGAAUAGAAUAAAGAAGGAUGUAAUUUGCAUGGCCAUUUGUACAUGGAGAUGUCUUGAAUCCCUGACAAUGCCUAGUAUAGCAAAUCCCCCUUAUCUUAUAGAGGAAAUAGCCCUAAAUUUCAAGAACUUCAGUGAACUCAAGGUCAUGGGUCCUUUUGACGCUCUCUUUGCUUCUACGAUAGCCAAAUUUCUUCCAAAUUUGAAGUGUACCCGAAGUGAUGAAGGCUUUCUCAGGUGGUACAAGUAUGAGGAAGGCCUUUGGAAAAUGGAUGAGGCGAGAACACUUGCCAAGGUUUUGGUGUUCUUUGUAGUAGGUAUGAGAUAUUGUUGUUUAAUGACAAUUGUAGCAGUUGGAAUCAUAUAUGAAGCUGAGAAAGAUAAAGAAGAGGCUUAUGAUUUGGUGUCAGAAAUGUUUUUGGCCACCAGAAAAGCUUGUGUCAAAGAAUUUAAGGAUAGAUUCCCAAAUGAAGAUUCUAGUCUUUUAGAGACAAUUGUGUUGAAAAAUGAGAAGAUGCCACCUAAUAGAGAUUAG